GGCCCGUCAGGGCGUCCGCGGCUCCGGGGAUGUUAGAGGCGCGCUGGGCGGCCGCGGAGCAGACGCCCGGAUUCCGAGCUGCCGGCGCGAGCGCCCCGCUCUCCCGCCAUGGCCCCCGCUCCGCCCCCCGCCGCCUCCUUCUCGCCCGCCGAGGUCCAGCAGCGCCUGGCGGCCGGCGCCUGCUGGGUCCGCUGCGGGGCUCGCCUCUACGACCUCACCGGCUUCCUGCGGCAGCACCCGGGGGGCGAGCAGCUGCUGCGGGCGCGGGCCGGCCAGGACGUGCGCGGCGACCUGGACGGGCCCCCGCACCGGCACUCGGCCAACGCGCGCCGCUGGCUGGAGCAGUACUACGUGGGCGAGCUGCAAGGAGACGCUCAGGGUUCCAUGGAGAACGGGCCUGCGGUCUCUGCGGACUCUCAGAAGACAGACCCGGCGAUGGAGCCGAAGCUCAGAGCGGUAGACUGGGACAAGGACCUGGUAGACUGGCGGAAGCCCCUCCUGUGGCAGGUAGGCCACUUGGGGGAGAAGUACGAUGAGUGGGUCCACCAGCCAGUGACCAGGCCCAUCCGCCUCUUCCACUCAGACUUCGUCGAGGCCCUCACCAAGACUGUCUGGUACAGCGUCCCCAUCAUCUGGAUGCCCCUGAUGCUGUACAUCAGUUGGUCCCACUAUCGAACUUUCGCCCAGGGCGAUGUCCGACUCUUCGCUUCCUUCACCACAGAGUACUCGGUAGCCAUGCCCAAGUCCGCGUUCCCGGGCCUCUUCGUGCUGGGGGUGCUCCUCUGGAGCCUAAUCGAGUACCUCCUCCACCGCUUCCUGUUCCACAUGAAGCCCCCCAGCAACAGCUAUUACCUCAUCACGCUGCACUUCGUCCUGCACGGCCAGCACCACAAGGCACCCUUCGACGAGUCCCGCCUGGUCUUCCCCCCUGCGCCGGCUUCGCUGGUGAUCGCCCUCUUCUACACGGCCCUGCAGCUCCUCCUGCCGGAGGCGGUGGGGGGCACGGUGUUUGCGGGCGGCCUCCUGGGCUACGUGCUCUACGACAUGACCCACUACUACCUGCACUUCGGCUCGCCGCACAAGGGCUCCUACCUGCACAGCAUGAAGGCCCACCACGUCAAGCACCACUUCGCACACCAGAAGUCAGGAUUUGGCAUCAGCACUAAGUUGUGGGAUCACAUUUUCCACACCCUUAUGCCGGAAGAGCCCCACCUGAAGAUCCAGUGACAGCUCCCCGCCCCGCUGCGGCCCCUGUCCCGCCCCGCCCCAUCCAGACCCUGCAAGAAGGUCCGCCUGGCCAGGCAGGAUGGGCUCGGUCCAGCUCUCGGGCUUGGUGAAGGGUGCUGGGGAGACCCUACAGGCUGAGACUUCCCUCCCGGCCCCGGGGUGGCCACACGGCCCUCAGGAACUAUAGCUGUUUCCUGCAGCGCCCCAGCCUUCCCGCCAGCACCUCCGCCCGGAACCGGCCCACAGGACUGCGUUAGGACCCGGCCAAGGGGAAUGAUGGAAACGGAUCCCUGUGACUUCCUGGCGGGUCUGUGAUCCACCUGUGUCUUAGCACCUCGGGCUCCCUGGGAGCCACCCCCACAGCCAAGAGUGGGGUGUGCAGUGCCUCUGCCCUAGUCUCCCUACCCUCCCUUCCCAGCGGCGGUUUGAUGGCUCAGAGUGGAGGACGCUGAGGUGGAUGAAGGGCUCUCACAGGAAGAGACAGCAUGAUGCCUCCUCCCACAGGCCGUCCCAGACCCCAGGGCAGUGCCUCCGUCCACUGCCGAUCACAGACGCCAGCUGGACCGCCAGGUGCCUCAGGCCGAGACACAGGCCCGGCCCUCACCUGCCUGUGCAGAGGGGCCCCAGGCAUCAGUCUGGCAUCGGCCUCGAGGCUGGCAGGAGCCCAGGCCCCUUUCUUUAGGAACCACCAGCUGCUCUCGCCAUCUCCCCGCCUCCAGAAUCACAAAGCUUUGCUCCACGGUCGGCUAAAGAGGCCUCUCUCUGUGGGUGGGAGCCCCACCCCAUUCCCAGCCAUUCUUGACCUCCGCCUGGCACAGGUGGGCCCUGGCCCCCACUCAGGACCCUUCCAGCCGGUGCCUCCAUAGGCCACGAAGGAGCCUUUAUUCGGUGCCUUAUCUCCCUCCCCAUGGGCUUUCCUAUCCCUCCCUACCUGCCCCCCCACCCCCAGCCCCGACCCCAGCAGGUGAGGUUCCAGCCCCUUUUUCCUCAUAACCAAAACCCUCCCUGCUCCUGAGAGGGUCUUAUUUAUAAACUAUAUAAAUGCUCACGUAGCUGCUCAGAUUGCCCUUUCUAAUUCUACGUGUCGAGCUUAUGUAAACCUCUGGUCCUAUUUCUGUUCCCUUCUUACCCACAAACCAUUACUACUUGAAACUUUAAAAAAACAAAAAACAAACAAACAAAAAAACUCGACGAGUAUAAAGGCUAAAGAGAAGCAGAUUGACCGCUCCUGUGAUUUGUACUGUUUACCGCGGAGUUAUUUAAAGAUUUUGGAAUAAAUAUACAAACUACAGUUGUGUGAAAUAAAGGUGUAAAUACAUUGUAUAUUUUGAACAAUAAAGACAUU